GAUAAUAACCAACGAACUCCUCUGAGGGAAUUGAUAAAGACAUUAACAAUUAACAGUUCGAUCAGUGACAUUGAACCCGCAGUGUACAGUGUACACGGUCCAAUCUGCGGUCCCGCCCUGAACACGUCUUCAGGUCAGUAUAGAUAGUGUAAUAAAUAACAAUACAAACUAAAUAAACUCUCAUAAAACCACUUUGGAUCUUGAGAUACUAAAACAUUAUUUAAAGUUUGAGCUAUAAAUUAUUAAUUUAUAGUUUCUCACUAUAAUUUUAAUAUAUUUUUUUUAUCACAUUGGCAGAAAUCAGUUGCAUUAAACUCCAUUUAAACCCGAAGAAGAAGAAGUAGAAAAAAAAGAAAAAGAAAAAGUAGAAGAAGAAUGUUUGGAACGAUGUCUCGUGACGUCACGCCGCGGUGUGUUGUGGGACAUCAGCCGUAACUGUUGUCUGUUCUCGUGCAGCGUGUUGUUGUUGUUGUUGUUGUUGUUGUUGUUGUUGUUGUUGUUGUUGAUGGGGGGCAUUGACUGCUGUGUGAAGAGCUGCCGCCGCCGCUCUCACGACCACCGCGGGAGGAAGAUCCCCAACGGGCUGAGCUUCCACUGUUUCCCCGACUGGAGGAGGGACGAAGGCGGGCAGAUAUCCGAGCUGACGAGGCGGAGGAGGGCGGCCUGGGUGUCCGCUGUGGGCCGGAACAACCUCACCUUCAACAGCAUCCCCGCCUCGGCCAGAGUGUGCUCCCGCCACUUCCACUCAGGUAAACCAGCUACUGAAAUACUGCAGUCGGACCCAGAUUGGGUCCCGUCACUGCAUUUGGGUCCCAGCCAAGAGAACGGCGGACGCACUGAGCGCCUCCUCCCGACGGAGCAGGCGAAGAAACCCAAAGCAAAACAGAGACUGACGGCGAGGAAGAGACCGUCUCUCUCGUCCAAACGUCCUCCGACAGAAUCCAAAGCAGCAGCAGGAGGACAGAAAGGAGGAGGAAGAGGAAGAGGAAGAGGAGCUCGGCUCACGGUGAACCGGAAACGAGGAGAGAGAAAGGGGGACGAUCAGAGGCCCACAGGCCAGACUGAAACCCAGUGCAGUAAGGACUCAGCUGUGGUACAUGCAGGUCCAGGUCCAGGUCCAGGUCCAGGUCCAGGUCCAGGUCCAGGUCCAGGUCUAGGUCCAGGUCCAGGUCCAGGUCCAGGUCUAGGUCCAGGUCCAGGUCCAGGUCUAGGUCUAGGUCCAGGUCCAGGUCCAGGUCUACCAGCGAGACCGGACUGGAGAGAACUUAAAUCUGUGCUGCAGUCGGUUCUACAGACCAACACCAGCAAACAGUCUGAAGACACAACGCGGCCCGCUGCAGUGGACCAGAACUCCCUCAGCUUCAGAGACUUCUUCAGAGGCGCUCUCGAAGUCUCUCUGGAGGCCUCCAGCAGGUCCCGGGCCCUCGCAGCCAAACGGUCCUCCGGCUCCGGGGACUUCAGUGUGCAGCUGAACUUUAACCCUCCUCCUCCCAGCUCCUCCUCCUCCUCCUCCUCCUCCUCCUCCUCCUCCUCCUCCUCCUGUGAGGACUGUGUCAGACUGCGGAGGACGAUCGUGGAGCUGCAGGACAAACUGUCUCAUCUCACAGAACCACAGGAGGACGAGGAGGUCUCACCCGUCGUCAACAAGCCCCCCCUCCAGCCAGACCAGGACCUGCAGAGUCCCGACCCGGUCCAGAUAGAGGAGACAGACUCUAGUUGGAUGGAGCCUCUCUCUCCUCAGUGGGUGUACGGUACCGGGGUUGAGGACUCGGCCAACGAGUCCACUCCCAGCGCCCCUGCGGUCUAUCGGGACAUCCGGUCCAAGCAUCAGCCGCCUCGCUUCAAGAAGGUCUGGCUGAGCAUGUUCUGGUUCCUCUGCUACUCGCCGGCCCUCAACCAGAUGUGGUGCCACGUGUGCCGCCUGUACUCCGCCAAGACCCACCCGAACCUGGCUCUGAUCAAAGGUAGCCAGAAGUUCAAGAUCGACAACAUCAGGAAACACUCGAACAGCAAGAACCACAAACACAACGUGGAGCGUCUCUACUGAGCGACCACAGACUUUAUGAACUCUGUGAGACGCCGUCUACCUCCGGCGUCCACUGAGAGACGGUUGGACCGACAGCAGCCUGAUGGACACUUUCACUGUCUCUGCCAUUAAUGUCUCUGUUUGUCUGAACCAUCAGAUUAGUUCAGUUAUAAAAUCCCACAAUGCACCACAUAUAGCAUUUAUAGGAGUCACAGUAUAAAUAUUUGAGACGGUGAUCCAGCGAAAGAGACUGAAACGACCCGAAGUGAAGAACUGAAGACCAACGUUCCCUCAGGACGUCAUGUGACACAUAUAAAGAAGGUUUAAUGUGACCACGUUAGAGAGCGAUAUCAGAUACCACAAAUAUCUAUAAAUCUAUUGUUGGAUAUUGUGAAAGGUAUUUUAACGUAUUGUACGUUCUUUAAAAGACUGGUUACCAGUUCCUCCCGUCACCUUUCUGUGAACAGGAGAAACUGAUCUGAGGUCGGAGGAGGUGAGAAGACGACAGAGAGCAACGGCUCCCUCUGGUGGCAGGAAAAACACUCUGCACCCAACAACUCGACUGUUUUCAGCUUUUUAAUGCAACAAUCUGUUAAAAUAAUCUUUAAAGAGUUUAUUUAUGGCCUUAAAAACAAAUAUACCUUCAGAUAUUUAUAGAACACAAAUGUUUUCUAAAGGGCUCGUAUGAUCAUAAUAGAGAAUAAUAACAUUACAACCCGUUUAUUAAAGAGUGGUCUUUGGUGUCGGACUCCGCCUUUAAAGUAAACUGGCUCCAAAAUACGACUGUUUGUGACCUCAGACCUGCAAUACUGAGCUGAAACUACUUUUCUGUUUUACUCAUCAUCAUAUUUUGUUAUUCAAAAGUAUCAUUAAGGAAACUACAACUGAAUAAAAUAACUUGAACAUUAAUAUUUUAUAUGUCGUUAGUGAUUUAAAAAGAUUGUAAAGUUUUGAUGUAAAAAGCUGUUUUGAUUUUUUGAAGUGAAAAUAAAUAUAUUUAUAAAACGUGA